GGCGAAAGGAAAGUCUCAGCAGGGGGACCCGGUGGUCGCUGGGUGUCACACAUCACCAGCGAGAGUAGUCGUCCAUGUCUGAGUCGUCAUCGACACAUCCCACGGUGCCCUCGUCGUACGAGGCGGAAAACCAAGAUGGGCCGGAAACCAAGAAGACGGUGCGGCAAAACAGAAUCUCAGCAACGAUGCUCAGCGUAAGCCGCACACACUAAUGCAGGCAGCCAUGGAAUGGAUAAUGCCACACAGGCCCAGAUCCCCCUCUCCCUCUCUCCCUCUCUCUUUCUCUCUCUGAUCUGUGACGGAUGGAUGGGUAGAUUAUGGAGCGGCAGGUGUGGUGAAGUGAAUGCAGCAAGGACCAUGGCACACACAUGCAUACAUAGCCUUCUAGCUGCACUACCCGUCGGUGCAUGUGCUUGUGUUGACUGCAGGUGCAUCAGCUGCGUCGUGAGCUCGUGGACUUCUUCCUGCUGGCAGGGGACCCCAAGCUCACUAACAGCCAGAGGAGCAUGCUGCCGGUAGGUGCACGUGUGGAUCAAGAGAUCAAUCAAUGAAUGGCAUGCAUGGCUGUGUUGCUGUGUGGUUUAUGUUAUGAUGGGAUGGAUGCCACCAGCCCUUUGUCGACGUGAUUGUAUUCGGCCCCUCCGGCAGCGGCAAGAGCAGCCUCAUUCGCACAUUCUACAGAGGUAAGUGCGUAGACUAGACGAGUCCCAAUAACACGAGUGUGUCCAUUCCAUGUACUGUACGCCUGUCUGUCCAAUCCAAUCAGCGCUGCACAACACGUCGGUGCUCCCGCGGGACCUCAGUGAGAGGGUGGUUGUGCAGGACACCUUGCGGAACGAGGGGACCACGCAGUACGUCAAGGCGGUCAUCAAACAGCGGGAACAGGACACUGACGGACGGCCGACGUCAUCGGGAAUCAUACUGCAUGGUCAGCCAGCGCGGCGUGGCGUGAGAUGGUCUGUGUGCACUGCAGUGGAUGUAUCUUAUCUGCUGUGUGUGUGAGUGAAGAUACGAGGGGCCAGAUAUGGAUGGAUCGCAAGGAGCAGCAGCAGCUCGAUGUCAUCAUACAGGUAACCUAGAUCUGAUCCAUCAUUAGGCGCACUGCCGUUGGUACUUACUGUCACGUGUCGGCAGGGUCGCAUCAAAGACGACGUCACAGUCGAGCAGCGCGAUCGAAGAUACGGUAGGAGGGAAGGAGGGGAGGGAGGGACACAAGUACGUUGACCGACAGACACGUUUUGACUGAGUAGUUGGCUCAUCCUUCCGUCAGCCCGUUUGUUGUGGGAGUUUUGGAGGUCGGAAGCAGACCUCUUCCCGCCUGAAAUACUCAAUAAACGAUCAGGUUGGUGCCCUUCCAGCGCGCACACACUCACGGACCACACGCACAAGAUGCAGUCAUUCUUGCAUCCAUCAGGACUGGCCACGCGGCCCCACGCGUUGAUUUUUGUGUUUGAUGGGAGGUGCGCAGACAGACAGACAGACAGACAGACAGCCCGCUGCGGACAAGGGCACGGUGUGCUGUGGUGUGUUGUGUUGUCAUGCAGCAUGGAUGAGAUUCCCAAUGGCGAGGAGGAGACUGAUUUCUACAGAGAGGUCAUAUCCAUGGCGCGGCGGAAAGGUACACAACCACACACACGUUGUCCAUCCAUCCAUCCAUCCAUCCGUGCAUUUUAUCUGCAGGUUACUACUAUCCGCAGAUAGUGCUGACUCGUAUCGACAAGGUGGAGCAGCAGCUGCCGCAGGACGUCAGCCAGGCAGAGGCGGAGGUCAUCCUCAGGCAACGACUUGGUACAGACACACACGACGACGAGUCGCACACAGGGAGAGUUUUUCUCGGUAUGUGUGUGUGUGUUGUCUGUAGACUCCAAGAUCGAGGCAGUGGUGCUCAACCUGGGCGUUUCUCGGUCGUCGGUGCACUUUAUCGAAAACUAUCACGCCGACGGAAGUAAGUCAAGUCUAGAGGGCACAACCACCGACCGUCACACACCCAACCCAUGUGCCGUACCUACUUGUGUGUGUGUCGUGCAGUGUGUCAGGAUCUGUCCAUCGACUUCCACGCGCUGCGUGUGCUGCACGAGUGUGUGCAGCACGGCGACACAUUCAUCCGCUCAGCUAUGAAGAACCGACCAAGGUGUGUCAUCCAAUGAGAUGAGUGGGUGACCCACAGAAUCGGCGAAUGGGUGGGUGCGUUCAGCGCCUUUGGGCUGGUUGGUAUGUGCGGUGGGUGCAAGGGGGUGGAGAUGUGGUUUGUGUAGCAUAGGAAGAACGAAGGGUUUUUGCUGUGUGUCGAGUGAGACAUUUGGCGUUUUAUGGACGUAAGAAGGACCAUUAAGCGUCCCGCGAUGCUGGACCAAUGGGUGUUGUGCGAUGCGAUUUGAUGAGACCGUACAGUACAUGGUGUGUGCCGUGUCGGCCGGUUGCUGUCGAAAUUUG